GCUGAGGUGAGUAACAGCAGACGUUUAUUAAUCAGAUCAGUGAGAGUCGUCACUGUAUUUCUCUUCACCUUUAAACGGAGCUGAGCAGAACCAGCAUCGUGAUAAACAGUGAAGUUAAACCCUGUGAUCUGAUCAAUACUAUCAGAUAUUCCUGAUCACUGAGCUCAUCGCUGUGCUGCGUCCUGUGAAGUUAAACCCUGUGAUCUGAUCAAUACUAUCAGAUAUUCCUGAUCACUGAGCUCAUCGCUGUGCUGCGUCCUGUGAAGUUAAACCCUGUGAUCUGAUCAAUACUAUCAGAUAUUCCUGAUCACUGAGCUCAUCGCUGCGCUGCGUCCAGUGAAGUUAAACCCUGUGAUCUGAUCAAUACUAUCAGAUAUUCCUGAUCACUGAGCUCAUCGCUGCGCUGCGUCCAGUGAAGUUAAACCCUGUGAUCUGAUCAAUACUAUCAGAUAUUCCUGAUCACUGAGCUCAUCGCUGCGCUGCGUACAGUGAAGUUAAACCCUGUGAUCUGAUCAAUACUAUCAGAUAUUCCUGAUCACUGAGCUCAUCGCUGUGCUGCGUACAGUGAAGUUAAACCCUGUGAUCUGAUCAAUACUAUCAGAUAUUCCUGAUCACUGAGCUCAUCGCUGCGCUGCGUCCAGUGAAGUUAAACCCUGUGAUCUGAUCAAUACUAUCAGAUAUUCCUGAUCACUGAGCUCAUCGCUGCGCUGCGUCCAGUGAAGUUAAACCCUGUGAUCUGAUCAAUACUAUCAGAUAUUCCUGAUCACUGAGCUCAUCGCUGCGCUGCGUCGUAUUUAACGCUCAGUUUCCUCAUCAGGUUCCUGAAUAAACUCUGAGUGGAGAACAGCGUUUCAGCAGCAGCUGAUCUCACUGCAUAUUUCACACUCCACUGACUCUCUGACUCACUCUGAGUCACUCUGACUCUCUUUAAGUCACUCUGACUCACUCACAAUCCAGCAGAAAGGAUGGCUGGAUUCUUUGGGCGAUGGAAGUCUUCAUUCACACUUCCCCCCAGAGAAACAGUGAAUUACUCAGACAUUGUGGUGGGAAAUGCACUGAAGUCUGAUCAGGACUUCGUAAGUCGUCUGCGUGAGACGUCCCCCGGUCUGGUGAGGACGUCAGUGGAGGACAGUGACGUUAUUCUGGUUUUCUGUCUGAUUGUUUCUCGAGCUGGACCUGAUAUUGAAGCAGCGCUGCAGAGACUUGAAGCUGCAUCAGACUCCAAGCCUGCGGUUCUAGUGGUUCUCCACCACACAUUUAACCCAGACUGCAGUGUUCCAGACAGCAGCAGAGCAGUAACCAGAGAGAGAACUCUCACUGUGGACUGUCUGCUCCACGUGGACAGAGGACUCCUGAGAAGCUGGAGGAACCAGGCAGCUCUGGAUAAAGUCACAGACUGGAUAAACCAGAUAAAAGACCUAAAGCCCAAAGCCUCACAGCAAUCUACCAAAGACCGGCAGAUCCAGGAACUGACAGAACAGGUGAAGAGGCUGAAGCGAGAUCUGAAAAAACAACAAGACGCCUACAGACGGCAGGAAGAGGAGGAGAAUAAAGUGCUAGAAGGGAUGAGAGAAGCUCUGAAGAAUGAACCUCUGAAGAACAAAGCUCUGAAGAAAGAAGCUCUGAAGACUGAAGCUGUGGAGUAUGAAGGUCUCUGUGUUGUCUCAAGUCUAAGGAUGCUGUGGAUGGGUUUGGGGAAACCUGGAUCUGGGAAAAAUGAAGCUGGAAACCCCAGUAAGGAGAGCCAGCCAGGACCAUCAGCACCACAGCAGAAAGGAACUGGGACAGAUGCCUUCGACUGGUCUAAAAUUCAAAGGACUGAACUCAGAGAGCAGCAACUACUUAAAGAAGACAUUCCUGAACCUCAAAGACAAAAAGAUCUGCAAGAAACCAGGAGGGACUACAAGGAGCAGGUGGAGGAGAUCAGGAGGGUUUAUGGAGCACAGACAGAUCAGAUCAUGAUCAUCCUCCCAGAUCUAGAACAGGUCAUUUGGGUUCCAAAGCCCAAAAUGCAGAAAAUGCUGAGCAGAAAAGAUGCAAAGAUAAAUGAGGAGCAAACUGCAGAGACGGAUUCAAGUUCUGAGAACCAGCCAGUGCAGGACGCUGGACAGUCAGAUGGUCAGAGCACUGGACAGUCAGAUGGUCAGAAAAGGGUGCAGUCAGAUGCUCAGAAACAGGUGCAGUCAGAUGGUCAGAAACAGGUGCAGUCAGAUGGUCAGAGAAGGGUGCAGUCAGAUGGUCAGAAAAAGGGGCAGUCAGAUGGUCAGAGCACUCGACAGUCAGAUGGCCAGAAACAGGUGCAGUCAUAUGGUCAGAGCACUGGACAGUCAGAUGGUCAGAGCACUGGACAGUCAGAUGGUCAGAAACAGGUGCAGUCAGAUGGUCAGAAAAAGGUGCAGUCAUAUGGUCAGAGCACUGGACAGUCAGAUGGUCAGAAACAGGUGCAGUCAGGUGGUCAGAGCACUGGACAGUCAGAUGGUCAGAAACAGGUGCAGUCAGAUGGUCAGAAACAGGUGCAGUCAGAUGGUCAGAAACAGGUGCAGUCAGGUGGUCAGAGCACUGGACAGUCAGAUGGUCAGAAACAGGUGCAGUCAGAUGGUCAGAAACAGGUGCAGUCAGGUGGUCAGAGCACUGGACAGUCAGAUGGUCAGAAAAGGGUGCAGUCAGAUGGUCAGAAACAGGUGCAGUCAGAUGGUCAGAGAAGGGUGCAGUCAGAUGGUCAGAAAAAGGGGCAGUCAGAUGGUCAGAGCACUCGACAGUCAGAUGGCCAGAAACAGGUGCAGUCAUAUGGUCAGAGCACUGGACAGUCAGAUGGUCAGAAACAGGUGCAGUCAGAUGGUCAGAAAAAGGUGCAGUCAUAUGGUCAGAGCACUGGACAGUCAGAUGGUCAGAAACAGGUGCAGUCAGGUGGUCAGAGCACUGGACAGUCAGAUGGUCAGAAAAGGGUGCAGUCAGAUGGUCAGAAACAGGUGCAGUCAGAUGGUCAGAAACAGGUGCAGUCAGGUGGUCAGAGCACUGGACAGUCAGAUGGUCAGAAAAGGGUGCAGUCAGAUGGUCAGAAACAGGUGCAGUCAGAUGGUCAGAAAAAGGUGCAGUCAGAUGGUCAGAGCACUCGACAGUCAGAUGGCCAGAAACAGGUGCAGUCAUAUGGUCAGAGCACUGGACAGUCAGAUGGUCAGAAACAGGUGCAGUCAGAUGGUCAGAGCACUGGACAGUCAGAUGGUCAGAAAAAGGUGCAGUCAGAUGGUCAGAGCACUCGACAGUCAGAUGGUCAGAAACAGGUGCAGUCAUAUGAUCAGAGCACUGGACAGUCAGAUGGUCAGAGCACUGUACAGUUAUAUGGUCAGAAAAAGGUGCAGUCAGAUGGUCAGUGCACUGGACAGUCAGAUGGUCAGAAAAAGGUACAGACAGAUGGUCAUAGCACUCGACAGUCAGAUGGUCAGAAAAAGGUGCAGUCAGAUGGUCAGAGCACUGUACAGUUAUAUGGUCAGAAAAAGGUGCAGUCAGAUGGUCAGAGCACUGGACAGUCAGAUGGCCAGAAAAGGGUGCAGUCAGAUGGUCAGAAACAGGUGCAGUCAGAUGGUCAGAAACAGGUGCAGUCAGAUGGUCAGAGCACUCGACAGUCAGAUGGCCAGAAACAGGUGCAGUCAUAUGGUCAGAGCACUGGACAGUCAGAUGGUCAGAAACAGGUGCAGUCAGGUGGUCAGAGCACUGGACAGUCAGAUGGUCAGAAAAGGGUGCAGUCAGAUGGUCAGAAACAGGUGCAGUCAGAUGGUCAGAAACAGGUGCAGUCAGGUGGUCAGAGCACUGGACAGUCAGAUGGUCAGAAAAGGGUGCAGUCAGAUGGUCAGAAACAGGUGCAGUCAGAUGGUCAGAAAAAGGUGCAGUCAGAUGGUCAGAGCACUCGACAGUCAGAUGGCCAGAAACAGGUGCAGUCAUAUGGUCAGAGCACUGGACAGUCAUAUGAUCAGAGCACUGGACAGUCAGAUGGUCAGAGCACUGUACAGUUAUAUGGUCAGAAAAAGGUGCAGUCAGAUGGUCAGUGCACUGGACAGUCAGAUGGUCAGAAAAGGGUACAGACAGAUGGUCAGAGCACUCGACAGUCAGAUGGUCAGAAAAAGGUGCAGUCAGAUGGUCAGAGCACUGUACAGUUAUAUGGUCAGAAAAAGGUGCAGUCAGAUGGUCAGAGCACUGGACAGUCAGAUGGCCAGAAAAGGGUGCAGUCAGAUGGUCAGAAACAGGUGCAGUCAGAUGGUCAGAGCACUCGACAGUCAGAUGGCCAGAAACAGGUGCAGUCAUAUGGUCAGAGCACUGGACAGUCAGAUGGUCAGAGCACUGGACAGUCAGAUGGUCAGAAAGGGGUGCAGUCAGAUGGUCAGAAACAGGUGCAGUCAGAUGGACAGCAAAAGGUGCAGUCAGAUGGUCAGAGCACUGGACAGUCAGAUGGUCAGAAACAGGUGCAGUCAUAUGGUCAGAGCACUGGACAGUCAGAUGGUCAGAGCACUGGACAGUCAGAUGGUCAGAAAAAUGUACAGGCAUGUGGUUUGUGGGCUGGGAAGCAGGUGGAGGGUCAGGAGGACGAGGUGAUGAGUUCAGACACCAUCAAUCGUGAGGAGAAUGAAGGAAAUGACACAGUCAACACUGAGAGUCCAGGAACCUUCUUCCAGAUGAGGCUGGGAGGAGUUUAGCUGUGGUUUCCAAAAAAGUUGGGACUCUGUGCAAAAUGUAAAUAAAAACAAAACGCAAUGAUGUGGAGAUCAUUUACACCCCAUGUUUAAUUUACCACCACUCAAAGACAAGAAGUCAAAUGUUGAAACUGAGAAAUUGUUUUUUGAAAAAUAUUUACCCAAUUUAAAUUUGAUGUCAGUAACAUAUUUCAGAAAAGUUGGGACGGGGACUCAAAAGGCUGGUAAAGGUGUGUGGUGCUAAAAAAACAACACCUGGUGUUUGAUUGGCAGCAGGUCAGUAACAUGACUGGG